GUUUUCUCAUGUGGAGGUGCUCAUUCUGUCAGUUUUAGAGAAUUGUAAUUUUGAGUUUUUGUCUAUUUUGCUAACAGCACUUCUUGUAAAAUAAUAAUUUCUUUUUGUUGGAGGAGCUUUUGAAAUGAUAUGGAGUCUCUUAGUCUUGAUGUUUGGAACUCUUGGGCUCAAGUUGAUCCUCUUGUCUCAACCUGCCUCCUGCUCAGCACCACGUAGCUGGGACUACCAUCUGUGUCCUACCUCUGAGCUAUAUACAGCCCUGGGAGAUACUUUUUAUCCACUGUACUCAGGCCAUACCUACACUGUAUUCAACAGAUACUUUGAAAUAAUUUGUAUCUUAUUUGAAUUGGCCACUGAAUUGUACUUCCUGGCAAAAAAAUUACAGGAGCCCUUAGUGGCAGACAUUGUAUCACAUAAGUUAGAGUGUAUCAUUUAUAUAGAAGGCAAUUGAGGAUUAUUUAAUUUGGCCAGUUAGUUUAUGGUGUCAAAGUAAAGAUUUAAAUGUAAGUUAAACGUUAGAUGGUGUAGCAAGUUUUCUUUUAAGCAGGAAGUAAAGAGUUGUGUAUUUUUCAGAUUCAGUGCUUUUCUUGAUUUCUAUUGACUGUGCAGGGUGCUGUAAAGGGCCCUGGGUCUUGAAGUGAAGCAGGAUAGUCCCUUAAUAGUCGGGCUAUUCCACAGAGUCUUUAUUCUUUGACUAUAGGAGGGCACAUAUAAUACCUUCAGAAGUUGGAGUUCCUGCCCAUUCAGUGAGAUAAUUGGGAGAAUGUGUCAGUGUAUUUGUGCUUUUGUUUAGUCUUCAAGAGGGUUAGUUACUGCAUCUAUUUAGUCAUUUAGUGGGUUUUUUUGGUGAGGAGGAUUGAAACAAAGGCCUCAAAAACGGUUUCUACUCCUAUACUUCUUUUGAGGGUAAUUUGUUUGGCCAAUUCACAUGAGUACAAAUAAGCUUACUGCAUAUAAACUGUAUGUCUCAGUUUACUCAGAAAGACAGACCAUGCUGUUUACCCACUGUACUUUUGAUGAAGACUAUAUUAUCCUGUGGCUUCAUAGCUUUCUAGUUUUCAAAAUUGGCACUGCUCAGAAUAUGCCUUUUUUUUUUAUAUAUAUGCUUGGAUUCACAUUUAUUUAGGAGCUUAAGAUAUCCUCUACCUGAACAGGGACUUAAACUCUGGACCCUCAGAUUAAAAGUCUGUGGCUCUACCAACUGAGCUUGAGCUAUCCAGGCACUUUUUUAAUAUACCCUUCUUUAAGCAGCACACGAGUUGUGCCACCCCUUACUUCUUAGAGAUCUUGGCCAUAAAUGAUACAACUAGCCUAAAAUGAGGGUAGUUUGAGUAUCUAGCUAAAAGCAUUUUGUUUGUCAUAGCAUAAAAAAAAUGCUGAGUACCUUUAAGUGGAUCAUGAAGUUCAUUUACUCUUGCUGUUUUAUACCCAGUCCUCUUAGCUAGAUUAGAUUACUUGCUGUUUGCAUUCUCUAAUCAAUUAGCCUUACACAUUAAUUUUAUUUUUUUCUUCUUUCUCAUCAGUCUCAGCUUUUGUAAUUUAGGCAUAUAAUAAGCAUUCUUUAAUAAACUAUCUGAUGAUUUUAGACAGCAAUAAGGAAUUCCAGAGUUCAAGGUCAACGUGGUUUACUUAAGACCCUGCUUCAAAAACAAGCAAACAGGCCAGGUGCUGUGCCGCACACCUGUAGUCACUGCGCUCUGGGAUUACAUCAGUAAUCAGUAAUUACGUCAAUAAGUUACUGAUGUACUUUUUGGUGGGCUUUUAUCAUGGAAUAUGAGUCUGUAUGUGUAUACUGCCCUUCUUCAACAUUUGUCACAGUGUAGUCAAAUAUAUUAAAUCAUGUAACUGUCUGCAUUGGGUUUUUGAAUGACAUCCCAGGCAUAUACACAAGCAUUUCCUUUUAGCUCUCUGGAAAGGUAAGGGCUUUAAAAAAUAACCAUACUACCAUUAUUAUUCCCAAAAUUAGAGGAAUUCCAGUUAAUUAGACUUUCAAGGCCCAUAUAUGAAAGAACAUACCCUAUAUGAAUUUUGUUUGUUUGCUUGGUUUUUAAUUAAUUAAAUAGUUUUUUUGAAGUAGGGUUUCUCUGUGUAACCUUCGUUGUCCUGGACUCAUUUUAUAGAACAGGCUGGCCUCAAACUCGGAGAUCUUCCCACCUCUGCCUCCCAGAGUGCUGGGAUUACAGGUGUGGGCCACAGCACAUGGCCUGUUUAUUUUUGAAGCAGGGUCUUAAGUAGGCCAAGUUGGAUCUUCUUGCUUCUACUUACCUAGUGCUGGAAUUACAGAUAUGAGCCACCACAUCUGUUUUUUCUUUUCUUUCUUUUUUCUUUUUUAAAGACAAGGUCUUUUGUGUAGCCGUGGCUGGCCUUGUACUAGCUAUGUAGCCCAGAUUGGACUCCUUGAUUCCUGUUAGGAUUAUAGGUGUGUGCCAUGUCCAGAUGGAUUUUUUUAUUUAGUAUCGUAUUAAAAAUAGUUUUAAAGCCACUUUGAAAUUCUGAAAAAUCUUUCUAAGUCCCUGAAUUAAGGAAUCACAAAGUAAUCAUUGAUACUUAAAAGGCUUGUAUAUUUUACUUUUAUGGCACAAGUAUCAUAUUCUGGGUAUGGGGGGCUGCUUAUUAAAAAUUGAAAUGAUUUCUUUUGAAAACUUCAGCAUUUGCUGACUAGGAUCUUAAAUUUGUAGAACAUUUACUUGAUUUUGAAGGAAAUGUAAACCAAAACAAUGAUUUUUUUUCUUUACAGAGACCAUGAACGUAUGGUGCAAUAGCCCUACUUUUGGUGGGAAAAAUAUACAGCCAUUCUGGUGGAGCAGUUUGGGCCCCAUGGGAUCCCUGUGACAGUAUUUCCCAAAAGGGAAUAUAAGGACAAACCGGACGCCAUGCAGCUCCAAAGUAACACAUUCCAAGAAGGGAUAGAAGUCAAGCGGGAAGUGAAUGGUGCUGUUCCCGAUGACCUUUCUCCAGUCCCUCCUCCUGAGCGCCUGUGGACUUCCAAACCACCUCCUCUCUUUCACGAAGGAGCACCUUAUCCUCCCCCCUUGUUUAUCAGGGACACAUAUAACCAAUCAAUACCUCAGCCGCCUCCUCGGAAAAUUAAGCGACCCAAACGAAAAAUGUACAGGGAAGAACCCACUUCAAUAAUGAAUGCAAUUAAGCUACGGCCCAGGCAAGUCCUGUGUGAUAAGUGUAAAAACAGUGUUGUUGCAGAAAAGAAGGAAAUUAGGAAAGGUAGCAGUGACUCUUCUAGGUAUGAAGAUAAAAAACGGAGAAAUGACAGUGUAGCUACUGUGAACAAAAAACUGAAAACUGACCAUAAAGUGGAUGGGAAAAACCAAAACGAAAGUCAGAGACGAAAUGCUGUGGUGAGGGUUUCCAGUAUUGCUCACAGCAGAGGCAGAGUAGUCAAAGUCUCUGCUCAGGCAAAUACAUCAAAAGCUCAGUUAAGUACCAAGAAAGUGCUCCAGAGCAAGAACAUGGAUCAUGCAAAAGCUCGGGAAGUAUUGAAAAUUGCCAAAGAAAAGGCACAAAAGAAGCAAAGUGAAACCUCCACUUCCAAAAAUGCACACUCGAAAGUUCAUUUCACACGCCGCUAUCAAAAUCCUAGCUCAGGUUCCCUUCCACCUCGAGUGCGUUUAAAACCACAAAGGUAUAGGAACGAAGAAAAUGACUCCUCUCUGAAGACAGGACUGGAGAAAAUUCGAAGUGGCAAGCUGGCCCCUAAGCCGCAGUCUCGCUGCACCUCCACCCGCUCAGCAGGUGAGGCCCCUUCAGAAAAUCAGAGUCCCUCAGAAGGCCCUGAAGAGGCCGCCAGUGAGGUUCAGGACACAAGCAAAGUGCAUGUGCCUGGUGAGCAGGAGGAACUGCAGACGUUGGGCAAAAAGGGCAGCAAAAGCAAUAUCUCUGUUUACUUGACCCUAAAUCAAGAGAAAUCUGACUCUUCCAGUGCUUCAGUAUGUAGCAUUGAUAGCAUGGAUGAUUUGAAAUCUUCCAACUCCGAGUGUAGCUCUUCCGAGAGCUUUGCUUUUCCUCCAGGCUGUAUGCAUGCACCUUCUGCCUCUUCUACUUCCUCUUCAAAGGAAGAGAAAAGCCUCAGUAAUUCCUUGAAAAUGAAAAUCUUUUCCAAAAAUGUCUCUAAAUGUAUCACACCAGAUGGCAGGACCAUAUGUGUAGGGGACAUUGUUUGGGCCAAGAUAUAUGGCUUCCCAUGGUGGCCAGCUCGUAUUCUUACCAUAACUGUAAGCCGGAAAGAUAAUGGCCUUUUAGCCCGACAGGAGGCCUGUAUUUCAUGGUUUGCGUCUCCAACAACAUCUUUCCUUGCUCUUUCACAACUCUGCCCCUUUCUAGAAAACUUCCAGUUACGUUUUAAUAAGAAGAGAAAGGGUCUGUAUCGCAGGGCUGUAACAGAGGCAGCCAAGGCUGCUAAGCAGCUGACCCCUGAAGUGCGGGCUUUGUUGACACAGUUUGAAACGUGAACAUGGACAGUAAGGUAGGCGAGAACCGCUGGAGCUGCUACAGUUCCCCGGCUAGUUAGGAAUCAUUUCCACCAGGUAGCUUGGCCAAACUGGGGAGAAAUCACACUUAGUUGGCAUUUUAUACUUAAUAUAUAGCCAUUUUUAGACUAAGAAGCUUAAAGCUGAACAUGCUAUCAAAUUUUCUCUUAAGGAAGUGAGAUUUUAUCAGUAUUUUCAAAUUUUGAAAUCUAAAACCAUCCUAAGGCAUAGAAGCCAUAGCCUCAAAUGAAACAAUUUUUGCAGGGACUGUUAAUUGCCAUUUGUACUUGUUGUAUACACACACACACACACACACAAACACAAACAAACUAUUGCCUGUCACCAUGUGACACAGUUUGCAUAUUGGGUUUUAAUAAGGGCUGGAGCUGGGGGAACAGUAGAUAAUCAAUGUCUACUUGUUUUAUUAUUAGUGAACACUUAGACUUUCUAUGCACAUAAUGGUAUAAAAGUUUGAUAUUAGGUGUUUGACAAACUGAGAUGCUUGCUAUGACAAAUUGGGAUGCUUACUGUUUAGGUAUAGAGCCUGCUAUACACAUUGCCCAGUAUUUGGGAUGAAAAUUAAGACUGGAUAGGUUUGAGUUCCCACUCUCUUGUCCAAUGAGGACAUAACAAACUUUUGGACUUAUGGUUGGGAGUUUAGAUAGGUUUUAUUUGGGGUAUAUACAUAAUUGAGUGAAAAUUUGGUCAGAUUUCUCUUGAUUGGCUGUUCCUAAAUUCUUAGGACAGGCCUAGUAAUUUCCACUUUGUGAAUUAAUGUCAUGUGUAAUUGUUGCAUUUUGGAUGUACCUAAUUUGAUAGUUUUAAGAAGCAUUUCCAUUUAAGGUAAUCUGUUUGCAGGUCAGAAAAUGAGAAAUGUAAUUGUGUAAUGCAUUGAAAUGUAAAAAAAAAAAAGCUGUAAAUAAAAUCAACUAAAUCCAAA